AGCGCUAAAACCGGACGGAGGUCAGCCCAAAGGCGGGAUCCAGGCUGCGAGAUCCGCCAUCCCCACCACCAAUGGCGGCGGCGGCGGCGGUCGCCGCGCUCUUGCUGCUCUGGCCGGCUACGGCUUCGGCCGAGGGGGAGGGGCGGCGGCUGCACACGCUCUUCUCGGUGGAGUGCGGCGACUACUUCGACUGGCAGGCGGUGGGGCUCCUCCACAGCCUGCGCAAGGCCCGGCAGCCCGGCGGCGUCACCCGCCUCCUCAGCUGCGGCCCUGACCAGCUCCCCUCCUACCGCGGCCUCCGCAUCGGCCACACCCUCCAGGUCCCCUCCUACAGCCGCCACCCACGCACCGGCGAUUGGUACCCAGCCAUCAAUAAACCCGCAGGGGUGGUGCAUUGGUUGAAGCACAGCGUGGAGGCAAAUAAUGUUGAUUGGGUUGUGAUCUUGGAUGCAGACCAAAUUGUUCGCGGCCCCAUCAUUCCAUGGGAACUUGGAGCAGAAAAAGGCAAGCCUGUUGCUGCUUACUAUGGGUAUUUGAAGGGCUGCGAUAACAUCCUUGCACAAUUGCACACUGCUCACCCAGAAUUUUGUGACAAAGUUGGUGGAAUUCUUGCAAUGCAUAUCGAAGACUUAAGGGCUCUAGCUCCUCAAUGGCUUUCAAAGACAGAAGAAGUGAGACAGGAUAAGUCCCAUUGGUCAACUAAUAUUACUGGUGAUAUAUAUGGCAUGGGUUGGAUCAGUGAGAUGUAUGGGUAUUCAUUUGGUGCUGCAGAAGUAGGUCUACGGCACAAGAUAAAUGACGACAUAAUGAUUUACCCAGGUUAUACUCCAAGAAUUGGCAUUGAGCCACUUAUUCUGCACUAUGGUUUGCCAUUUAAAGUUGGCAACUGGUCUUUCAGUAAGUUAGAACACCAUGAGGAUGGAAUAGCUUAUGAUUGCAACCGUUUAUUCCCUCCACCUCCAUUUCCUAGAGAGGUUGAGAUGUUGGAAUCUGACCCAAAUGUAAAACGUGGCUUAUAUUUAAGCAUCGAGUGUAUUAACACCUUGAAUGAAGGUCUUGUAUUGCAUCACGCAUCUGUUGGGUGUCCAAAACCACAGUGGUCAAAAUAUCUGAGUUUCCUAAAGAGCAGACGAUUCUCAGAGCUUACAAAACCAAAGAAUUGGAAUGGUCAGUUGGUUGAAAAUAGAAAGACCGUGCAGCACGUUCCGUCCUUGAAAGAAGAUAACAAGCGCCCCAAAAUACAUACCCUUUUCUCUACUGAAUGUACGCCAUAUUUUGACUGGCAAACUGUUGGACUCAUGCACAGCCUUCGUGUAAGCAGACAGCCUGGUAAUAUUACACGUUUAUUGAGUUGUAGUGAUGAGGACUUGAAGAAUUAUAAGGGCCAUGACCUUGCUCCCACGCAUUAUGUCCCAUCCAUGAACAGACAUCCACUGACAGGGGACUGGUACCCUGCAAUCAAUAAACCAGCAGCAGUUCUCCAUUGGAUUAGCCAUGUGCAGACAGAUGCCGAAUUCAUUGUUAUCUUGGAUGCUGAUAUGAUCAUGAGAGGUCCCAUCACUCCAUGGGAAUAUGGGGCAAAACUUGGAAGUCCUGUUUCAACUCCCUACGAAUAUCUCAUUGGUUGUGACAACAUACUUGCGAAGAUACACACUCGUAAUCCAUCUGCAUGUGACAAGGUUGGUGGUGUCAUUAUCAUGCAUAUAGAUGAUCUCCGUCGCUUUGCUAUGUUGUGGCUGCACAAAUCAGAGGAGGUUCGUGCAGAUAAAGCUCACUAUGCAACAAACAUUACUGGAGACAUAUAUGCGUCAGGCUGGAUAAGCGAGAUGUAUGGUUACUCUUUUGCAGCUGCUGAGCUUAACCUGCGGCACAUUAUAAGGAGGGAUAUAUUGAUAUAUCCAGGCUAUGUUCCUGUACCUGAAGUGAACUACAAGGUUUUCCAUUACGGGCUGCGGUUUGGUGUUGGUAAUUGGAGCUUUGACAAGGCUGACUGGAGAAAUGCUGAUGUGGUAAACACAUGCUGGGCCAAGUUCCCUGAACCACCAGACCCAUCUACUAUCAUGAAAGAAGAUCAAGGUACAUGGGAGAGGGAUCUUCUAAGCAUCGAAUGCGGGAGGGCUUUGAACAAAGCUCUAUAUUGGCACCACAAACGCAGAAGUUGCCCUCGACCAAGCCCAGUUGAUGGUAUCUCUAGUAAAUUGGAGACAGUCACAACCUCCAGCAAUUUUGAGGGAGGAAAUGCAAAGAACUCAAAUGCAAAUAGGCUAAAAUCCCACAUUGAUCUGGCGAAAAUGAAGGCUGUAAAAAGAGUUGCAGCCAUUGUAUCACCUGUACAUAGAGCAAGGAGGCUCGCUAGAUCUUCAAGGAUCUGGAUAGUUGCUGUCUGGGCAGCAUCAGUUGCAGCAUUCUUACUGGUAAUCUCCAUGUUUUUCACUGAUCGAAGGAGAAGUGUUUCGAGGUCGAGGGUUUCCAGAAGCCAGAAGGCCCACAUCUGACUACAAAAUAAACAAUAUCACGAUCAUAAAAUGUACUACUCUGCCAAUACAGUACAUAAAAAGGGUAGAGUCCGGGAGCUCUAUAGGCUGACUAACACAUCAAGUAAUUGAAGCCAUCAGAAUUAGCUUGGGGAUAUUCAGAUUCACAUUUUUUUCACAAGUUUCUGUUCGUAGAUAGCAGAUUUUGCUGCCACUGCUGUUGAAUUUGAUUUACUCCUUAUUAGUGUUCUUUAAACAUGAUGUAAACAAUUACAUGUUGCAGUUGUUUUAAAAAGAAACAGCUACAUUUACAUGUUGUUAUGGAGAGAUUGAUUGACAAAGCAUACAGGCACGCCAAUCUGAUAAUAUUUUCAGUAAGC